AUGUCCGCCGAGGCCCCCGCACCAGCAUCCGCAGAGGUAGAUGCAAAGACGGCGAAGAAGCGGCCACGACUUGACAUGGCGGUUGAGCCACGCGAACGGAAGCGGGGCAAGACGGCAUUCGGGCUCCUCUUAGGCACCCUGGCGAAGGCGAAGGACGAGGCGAAGGAGCGCAACGCGAGCGAGGCGGCCAGGAGGAGGCAACAGAUAGAAAAGAAGACAUUGGAUAAGCUCCGGAAAGAGACUGACUCUGUCAGGCGUGCUGAAGAGGCCAAAAAGGACAAGACGACCGCGAAUCGCAAGGAGGAGGAACUACAGCUGAAAGACUCGAUCCACAAGCUCCGCAGGACACGACUGCCGCUAUUGGCGAACUUCCUGUUGACGUCGGACGUGAUACCUCCUGUCGACUCUGAUUCACCAGCAUCGACAAACCCACUCGUUGGCCCGCCAAAGGCGCGCCCGCCGCCACUGUACUAUCUCCCAGCGAAGCUGCUUCCUUCACAAACAGCCUUCCUGCAGCGGCGCAAGGCGGAGGUACAAGAGGCAGCCGAGAAGGAGUGGGAACAGUUCAAGGCUGAGCGGGCGGCAGGCGUUGAGGAAAUCAACCGCCUCCGGGAGCGCGUCGCCGAGGAGGAGUCGCGCCGGAAGACCGACCGUCGCGAUCCCACGGAGAAGGAUGGCGAGGGUGACGCGAAGAUGGUUGACGAGGGUGAGGAACAGGAGCAGGAGAACAAGCCCGGUCGAGAAGCGCUCCACGAGAAUGGGAACGGGGAUGCAAGCAUGGCCGUGGAUGACGGGGCGGAAAAAGAGAAAGAGAGCGAGGAGAAGGAGCGGAAAGAGGAGGAUGUUGCUGCGGGGAAGGACGAGAAGAAGGAUGAGAAGAAGUCGGACGUGACGCCAACGCCUGGGCCAGGGUACGACGACGAUGCUGUCGAGUAUUGA